AACGCCUCUUAAUUUAACUAAUAUCAAGAUUAGCAGUUUAGCUCAAUUAGAUGAAAACGCAACGGAAAUACCCAGUUGAGAAUAUUGUGCCAAAUCUGAAACGCCGAGUGACACUGUGACAGUGUGAAACUUCGGAAAACUUCUCGAAGAAGCAAAAAACCCGCUAAGCAAAUUUCCGAUUUACAAUUCGCCGGGGAAAAGGCCACCAGCAAAUCUCCGGCGAUAUGCGGUGGUACGUCGUUGCUGCGCUUCUCACCGUUCUCACCAGCUCACAGGGAAUAUUGACGACUCUAUCGCAAAGUAAUGGAGGAUACAAAUAUGAUUAUGCUACUGUUCCUUUUCUGGCUGAAGUUUUCAAGCUUCUAGUAUCCAGUGUCUUUCUUUGGAGAGAGAUGCAAAACUCACCGCCGCCUAAGAUGACAAUGGAUUGGAAGAGUGUUCGUUUAUACCCAAUUCCAUCUAUCAUUUAUCUCAUCCACAACAACGUGCAGUUUGCUACAUUGACUUAUGUAGAUACAUCAACAUAUCAGAUAAUGGGCAACUUAAAGAUUGUUACUACGGGAAUAUUAUUCAGGCUGUUUCUGAAGAGGAAGCUUACGAACUUGCAGUGGAUGGCAAUCAUACUUUUGGCUGUUGGAACAACCACAAGCCAGGUGAAAGGCUGUGGAGAAGCUUCCUGUGACUCAUUCUUUUCAUCGCCCAUUCAAGGAUAUUUGUUUGGUGCACUCUCUGCUUGUCUUUCAGCACUAGCCGGUGUUUAUACUGAGUUCUUGAUGAAGAAGAAUAAUGACAGCCUGUACUGGCAGAAUGUCCAAUUAUACACAUUUGGCUCAAUAUUCAACAUGGGACGACUUCUUAUGGAUGAUUUUAGAAGUGGGUUUGAGGAAGGACCGUGGUGGCAGCGCAUUUUCAACGGAUACAACACGACUACAUGGUUGGUAGUGUUGAAUCUUGGAACUACUGGCCUUCUGGUUUCAUGGUUGAUGAAGUACGCUGACAAUAUUGUAAAGGUGUACGCCACCUCUAUGGCAAUGCUCUUGACGAUGGUGUUAUCAGUGAUACUCUUCAACUUCAAGCCAACAGUACAGCUCUUUUUGGGUAUCAUUAUCUGCAUGAUGUCCUUACAUAUGUACUUUGCUCCUCCAAGCACACUAGUGGAUUUGCCUUUGACAGUAAAACCGGUUUCUGAGAGUGUAUCUGAAGUGCCUGCUGAAUGAAAAACAGAUUCCUGAUGUACAAAAUUCUGCCACCAGUUUUUUUUUCCUUUGAUUUGUGCAAAGAUCUUCACAAGUUUGAGGUUCAGCUAAUGCAAAUGGUGAAGGGUUGGUUUCAUGACCAUCACUUGGAUUCCAGGAAAUCAAGAUAACAUGAUUCAAGAGUAGAGUGUAAAAGCUUUCUGAUGAUAGGAGCUUCUUCCCACCCUGGUAAUGAGCAUGAUAGUAGGACGAGCACUGUCAAUCAUUGAUGUCUUCAUUUUUUUAAACCAAAACCAGUACGAACUUAAUGGCACAGUAAAAACACACGGAAUCAAGAAAACACAAGCAAAGACAAAGAUGAGGAUGAUAUAACUUCUGUUGUGUUCUGUAAUGAUUCGUAUUCAAUGUAGUGUAGGUACAUAAAACUUUUGAGUGGAACAAGUUACAUGAGAAACAGCAGAUAUUUGUUGUGCCAGAAAAUCUUGUAUGACCAUAUACCUUAGUUAUAUACCUGUUUCAUGGUUGUUGUAACUCUUUGAUCACCAGGUUGGAACAUCUACAAGUCAUUCAUUGAAAGACAGAAGGUGCAUUGUUCAUACA